AUGGCUCCUAUCACCGAUGAUACUGUUUCCGCUCUGAAGGACACCAUCAGCAAGCUCGAGUCCAAGGUUGUUGAGCUGGAGCAGCGCCUGGUCAAUGGCGGCGAGAAGCCCAAGUCGCUGACCGAGCAGAUGCGCAUCAUCCUGAUGGGACCUCCUGGUGCAGGCAAGGGCACCCAGGCCCCCAACAUCAAGGACAAGUACUGCGCCUGCCACCUGGCCACCGGUGACAUGCUGCGGUCACAGGUCGCGAAGAAGACCGAGCUCGGAAAGGAAGCCAAGAAGAUCAUGGACCAGGGUGGUCUCGUCAGUGACGAGAUCAUGAUUAACAUGAUCAAGAGCGAGCUGGAGAACAACGCCGAGUGCAAGAACGGUUUCAUCCUGGAUGGUUUCCCCCGAACUGUCGCCCAGGCCGAGCGUCUCGAUGACAUGCUUUCGGACCGUAAGCAGAAGCUCCAGCACGCCAUUGAGCUGCAGAUUGAUGACAGCCUGCUUGUGGCCCGUAUCACUGGCCGCCUCGUUCACCCUGCUUCCGGCCGCUCGUACCACAAGAUCUUCAACCCUCCCCAGGCCGACAUGAAGGACGACAUCACUGGCGAGCCCUUGAUUCAGCGCUCCGAUGAUAACGCCGAGACCCUGACCAAGCGUCUCGCUACCUACCACGCCCAGACCUCUCCCGUUUGCGAUUACUACAAGAAGACCGGAAUCUGGCGCGGUAUUGACGCCAGCCAGGAGCCUGGCCAGGUCUGGAAGAGCCUUCUGGGUGUUUUCCACAAGAACUAA